AUGCUCGCCAAGUUCGUCUUCCUCGGAUUGGUUUCGUGCGUUUUCGGCUGUGUACCAGGGCAUGGCCGUUCACCGCCGAUCAUCGUCACUGUUAAUUCGAAAAUACCAAAGGCAUGGGUCACCACGACUUAUAGUCAAAAUGUAAUCAUCACAGCGAUUAAGGAGAGCCUACGAAAAGCGUUCUCGAUCGCGGAGACAGAAUACCCGAAGCUGAAAGGGUACACCAUGGAGAAUCUGCGCCAUGUGAAGUUAAUCCCGGAGACGGCUUAUUUUUGCCCACCGCCUGCCACCACGCCCGCUCUUGCGCGAAGGGUAGCUCGUUCUGCACAAGAGGUGCCUCCAACCGAGUCACCCGUUCCGCCUGCGCCUUCAGAUAAGCCGACGGUAACGCCGACAGCACCGACACCUGCGUCAGUUGGAUGCACCUAUGACGAAGCCUUCGUGACUGGCAACAACCCAGUGGCCGGUGGGACGGCGGUUCACACGUGGAAAUUCGGCUUUGUUCUAGAUAAGGUGACAGUGCCGACAAGCCAAGAGCAGUUAACCGAGUUUGCGCAGGCGCUGCAAGACGGGCUAAAGAGCGCCGAAUAUCUCGACGAUGUGACGGUGAACCCAGGAACGAUGUCUGGUUGGCGAGAGGAAAACUUC